AUGGCUCCAGUGAAAAUUAAACAUGUCGUGUCCUUCACGUCUCAGGAUCCUAAGUACCCAGUGGACAACUUGCUGCUUGAAGAAGGCCCCCGUCCCUGGCUCAGUUGUCCUCAGGACAGGAGCCGGGUGUUGAAAGUGGAACUGCAGCUGGAACAAGCGAGCCCCAUUGGCUACGUUGACAUAGGGAACUGCGGCUCCGCCUUCCUGCAGAUCGACGUGGGCCGCUCCUCUUGGCCUGCAGGGCAGAGUUACCUCACCUUGUUGCCCACCGCCACCUUGAUGGUGCCAGCUGAUGCCAAGCUGGACAAGAAUCGUUCCGGGGUCCGGAUGUUCAAAGAAGGGGAUUUCCUGGCCGCAGCGCUGGGGGAGAAGUGGGAUCGCAUCAGGCUGACCUGCAGCCAGCCCUUCAACAAGCACGCCCAGUUCGGCCUCUCGUUCAUCCGGAUCUGCAGUCCGCCGGAUGAGAAUAGCAGCAAGGCAGACCUUCCCUCCUCACCUGCUCAGGAAGAAUGA